AUGCAAACGCUCAUCAUGUAUUUAGGCGGUGUGUUCAUUCAGCAUCAUAGCACUGUCGGUCUUAUCAUUGGCAGUGUCUUUCAGAAUGCAGCAGUGGCAACAACAUCAGCUUCUGUACCGUCCAGGAAAUCAUGGAUCCCGGCAGGCCUGGGAGGAAGCGGCAAACAUGGUGCCACGAUCGACAUUCCCCUCGAGGAUCCAAAGAAGAAGGAGAGAGAGCUGUUGUCAUGGGAGCAGGAUUUGAAGCGGCGGGAACAGGAUAUUAAACGAAGGGAGGAUGCAAUGAAUAGAGCGGGUGUCACCGUGGAAGUGAGAAAUUGGCCAGAGUUCUAUCCCAUCAUACAUCAUGAUAUAGCCAACGAAAUACCAAUCCAUGCUCAGAAGCUGCAAUAUACGGCAUUUGCUAGUUGGCUAGGACUGAUUGCAUGUCUCGUUUGGAACUUUUUCGCUGUCUUAGCUGAGUCAAUUCACAGCGAAGAUAUUGUUAUUUUCCUCCUCGCUGUAAUCUAUGCGAUAUCCGGGUGUCCUCUUUCAUACAUACUUUGGUACAGGCCUCUGUACCGUGCAAUGAGAACUGACAGCGUGGUAACCUUUGGCCAGUUUUUCGUCUGCUACUCGAUACAUGUUGGGUUUUGUGUCAUCGCUGCAAUUGCUCCUCCAAUAAUAUUUAGGGGGAAAACUCUUACGGGCAUUCUUGUUGCAAUCGAAGUUUUGGCUGGAGAUAUGUUCACCGGGGUACUUUAUUUUAUUGGCUUUGUAUUCUUUACCUUGGAAUCUCUUCUAAGCAUCUGGGUGCUUGAGAGAGUAUACAUGUACUUCAGAGGGCACAGGUGAAGACCUGCAAUGAGAUGAUGAACUUGUCCACAGAAGCAGUUUCUCUGAAACCAAUAUCAGGGUGUAAAACAGAAAGUUUAAGAUUGGAAAAAUAAUGAAUUUGCUGUUGCCUAGCU